CGUUAAUAUUUGAGUUUUGGCGGCAGUAGUGUGUUGUUUGCGCAUCGUGUACGGUUUGUUGUCGUCGAAGACUAGCAAAAUGGCUGGUGUUUUUGGCAUUCACGUGGGUAAUUCUUCGGCCUGCUUGGCGUAUUGUAAGGAUGGGAAAGUUGAUAUUAUAGCCGACGACAGUGGCAACAGAAUAAUGCCUGCAAUAGUCGCAUUUGUAGACGGUGAAGAGACUGUUGGACUCCCAGCGAAGGCAGCUCUUAUUAGAAAUGCCACAUGUACAAUCGUUCGCAAUAAGAAACUCUUAAAUGACAGUAUUCCUGACGACGAACUUGAGCAUCAUAUCAAGUCAGUGAAAUGUAAAAUAGUGACUGAAGGAGGCCUGAAAUAUGAAAUCAGAGAUGAAGACAAGAUUGCUGUGUAUACCCCAGAAGGAGCCAUGACGUGCAUUUACAAAAAGCUGUUUGGCUUUGCUUCCACAUGUGUACCUCCAGAUACAGAUCUGCGCACAGUCCUGUGUGUCCCCUUAAAUUUUUCAAAGUGUAGUCGCCAGGCACUGGCACAUGCUGCGGAAGAUGCAGGAUUCGAUGUUCUGCAAGUAAUUAGUGAACCUAUAGCAGCCUUGCUUGCUCAAGGCUAUGGUGUUGAGUCCCCAGAUGACAGAGGGGCGAAUAUGCUGCUCAUUAUUGAAAUUGUUGUUUUCCACUAUUGA